CGUUCUUCGCGCCCCGCCCUCUUAACGCUGAAGUUUCACUUGCACGCCUCGAACCCUGAAGAUUCACGCGCAUUGUGUUCAGUCCCAUGGAGUAAUUGUGUCGCCAAAACAGGUGCAGUGUGUAGCCAUGGCUGCAUGGGUGGAGGCGACCACAAGGGAACUGAGCAAGUCAACGCCGCACAUUAACCAAAGCAAACCUUCAGUUUCCGCCUCCACGCUCUCUGGAGACACGGGGAAGCCGGCGCUGGGCCCAAAGCCGCAUCUUAUGCCCAAACCGUUUGCCCUCCAAAGGAACGCAACCGUCCGUCCGAUCAAAGCCCCGAGAAUUGAAGUCAGCAAACUUUCAAGGGCUGCGUCUUCUGAUGCGCUCGACUUCAGGAAGUCCGAUUCAGGAGAGACUAACAUUGAUGAAUCCAUAAAACCAAAUGCAAAUGGCACUUUAAAUGCAGCUCCUAAACCGACCCCGCUCACCCCAAAACCUGCUUUAACACCAAAGCCUAAAUCUGUGCCCGAACCUAAUACACGAACCAGUUCAAAUUCAAGGCUUGAUGUCAGUGCCGGCUCAGCUGAAGAUGUGAAAGACGUUCAGCCCAGAAGCAGAGCAAAAUCUUUGGGUUCUCAGGACCAAAAGCCUCUCAGACAAAAGCCAGCCGAUGCCAAAGUGUCUUCUGCGUGCUGGCCGGCUAGAAAUCGUCUCUCUGUGGGGUUGACCUCCAUGUUUGAGUCAUCUUCAAAGCCAGAGAGAGAGGUUAGUUCUGUUAGACGAGAUGCCGAAACCAGCAGGACAGAUAAAGCACCGCUUUCUCCUUUAGAGGCAAGGUUUUCAAAGCCACAGGUGGAGACAGAAGAGGUGGAGGACGGGGAGAUCAGCGGGAGCAGCAUUAAGAGACGCAUCAGUCUGCUUUUUGACCGUUCCUCUGCCUCCCAUACCAGGGACGCUGUCAACAAAAAGGACACUGCAUCUCCUGAAAUAUCAGUCGAUAUUAAACAGAGAAUCAAGAAUCUGAGCUUGACUACGCAUGAGCCAAGAGUUCGGCUGUCAUCCGCUGGUGCCCUUAAAUGUCAACCACAUGAGAAGACAUCGAGCGACUCAGACGAGCCUUCGUUCAGUGAGGAAUCCCUUGAGAAGCCUGCACAGUCGACACCUGUACAAAACGGACCACCGAAACACUCUUCACCUCCCAACGCUGUGCCUGAGACGAACGUACUGCUGGAAAACAAGAAAACAAGCCUGCGCUCUACAGGUGAACCUGGCGCUAAUGUGGAGGAAGUUGAAGAGGACAAAGAGAACCAUAUCGCUGUGCCUGUGUACAGGAGGGUUGGGAUAACCAAAGAUCUAGAGAGACAGAGACAAGAAGAAGAAGAAAAACAACAGAGAGAAGAGCAGUUAGAGAAAGAAAGGAAAGAGCAGGAAAGAGAAAAACAUUUGGAAAAAGAACGGAAACGUGCCGAGGAAGAGAGGCGCUUGAAAGAGGAAAGAAAACUGAAAGAGGAAAAGCAAAAACAACUAGAGGAACAGAAAAGGGAAGAGGAAGAAAGAACUAAAAGAAUCGAAGAAGAAAGAAAACUGGAGGAGGAGAGAAAGAAAGAGGCUGAAAAAGAGAGACAACGAGAGCAAGAGAGAUUAGAACGAGAAAAACAGAUUGAAGAGCAGAAGAGAAGGAUUGAAGAGAAAAGGGAACAAGAGAGACAGAGAGAGGAGUUAAGACUGAGACAGGAGAGAGAAAAAGAGGAGAAGCUAAAGAAAGAAAGGGAAAUGGAGGAGAAAAGACAAAUUGAGGAGGAACGAUUGAGACAGCAAAGAAAUAAAGAGGAGAGAUUGAAGAAAGAGAGAGAAAUGGAGGAAAAUAAAAGAAUUGAAGAGGAGAAAAGAUUGAGACAGGAAAGAGAAAAAGAGGAGAGGUUAAAAAAAGAGAGAGAAAUGGAGGAAAAAAGACGAAUUGAAGAGGAGGAAAGAUUGAGACAGGAAAGAGAAAAGGAGGAGAGGUUAAAAAAAGAGAGAGAAAUGGAGGAAAAGAGACAAAUAGAAGAGCAGCAACUUAGACUAGAAAGGGAGAGAGAGGAGAGAUUAAAGAAAGAGAGAGAAAUGGAAGAAAAAAGACUGAUUGAAGAGGAGAAAAGAUUGAGACAGGAAAGAGAAAAAGAGGAGAGAUUAAGAAAAGAGAGAGAAAUGGAGGAAAAAAGACGAAUCGAAGAGGAGAAAAGAUUGAGACAGGAAAGAGAAAAAGAGGAGAGAUUAAGAAAAGAGAGAGAAAUGGAGGAAAAAAGACUAAUCGAAGAGGAGAAAAGAUUGAGACAGGAAAGAGAAGAGAGAUUAAGAAAAGAGAGAGAAAUGGAAGAAAAAAGACUAAUCGAAGAGGAGAAAAGAUUGAGACAGGAAAGAGAAGAGAGAUUAAGAAAAGAGAGAGAAAUGGAAGAAAAAAGACGAAUCGAAGAGGAGAAAAGAUUGAGACAGGAAAGAGAAAAAGAGGAGAGAUUAAGAAAAGAGAGAGAAAUGGAGGAAAAAAGACUAAUCGAAGAGGAGAAAAGAUUGAGACAGGAAAGAGAAGAGAGAUUAAGAAAAGAGAGAGAAAUGGAAGAAAAAAGACUAAUCGAAGAGGAGAAAAGAUUGAGACAGGAAAGAGAAGAGAGGCUAAGAAAAGAAAGAGAAAUGGAAGAAAAAAGACUAAUCGAAGAGGAGAAAAGAUUGAGACAGGAAAGAGAAGAGAGGCUAAGAAAAGAGAGAGAAAUGGAAGAAAAAAGACUAAUCGAAGAGGAGAAAAGAUUGAGACAGGAAAGAGAAGAGAGACUAAGAAAAGAGAGAGAAAUGGAAGAAAAAAGACGCAUUGAAGAGCAAAGAAUGAGACAAGAAAGAGAAAGAGAGGAGAGAUUAAAUAUAGAGAGAGAGCUGGAAAAGAAAAGACGAAUUGAAGAGGAGGAAAGAUGGAGACAGGAAAGAGAAAAUGAGAGAUUACAGAUGAGGUAUGGGAGAGAGGAAGUUCCUACCAGUUAUGAUUUGAUAUCAUUUGAUACUGAAGAACCAAAAUCAUCACGGGGAGUAGAGUCCAUCGCUCGGACCAAGACUGUCUCACCUCAGAGAGAUGAAGUGAUUUACGAUGACUUCUCUGUUAAACCACGGAGAUGGGGAACCCAGGAACGUCGUUCCUCAACACCAUCUCCAUCCAGAGAAUCUCCUACUGUUAAUGAAACUCCGGAUUGGUUGCAAUACAAAUCCAAUGAUCCUGGAUUCCAAGAACUAAGUGGAGAUCAGAACUCAGAAAUCAGUAAGCAGCCACAGAUUGUAGAGGAGUCUGAACCUGAAGAUCUGUUGGGAUCAGAACAUGAUGAGGUCACAUCACAUGAGACUGAACUAAAGGACUGUGAUGAAGAUGAAGAUGAAGAACAGGACCCAUUUGAUGGAAACAGAGAGAUUGAUGAAACAAAUAACACUGAUGAUGAUCCUGGUGCAGAGAACCGAGUCAACCAGGUUUUACAAAGACUGACAUCUCAGGUGACGAGACGAUCCAUUGAUUCAGACACACCAGACGUCUUUGAACCUGAACCCAUUCUGUUUCCUCAGCCUGCAGCUCCUCUUCUGGACUCAAGUUUGUUACGCUCAAAAGUUGAUCUGGGGAAGAAACGAAGUAUUAAACGCAUGAGACCGUCACGUGCCGUCCGACAGCGAGCGGCUCUGCCAUCUCUCACAGAGGGAACAAACUUAGACUGGAGGUUUUGUGACUCCACGGAUGCUAAAGCUCCGUGUUCUAACGGACAGGACUCUGAAUCAGAGGAGGAGACUUCUAAAGAUGCCACGCCCACUCCCAGUCGGCCUAAACGAGUUCCUCUCUUUCCUGGAGUGGACCAAUCAGCACUCAUGGCACAGCUAAAGAGAAGAAGUGUAAGGAUGGAGGCUGAAGCUACAGAUGAUCAGACGUCUCCAGUGGUCUCCGCUCGCUCUCCUCGCACACCCACCAGGUCUCUCGGCCCCAGAGUGCUGCCCCCUGUUGACAGCAAAGAUGGGGGCGGCGCUUCACCCUCGUGGCUGCUUGAGCUCAAAUCCAAGAAGCGUUUGAGUCAACCCUGAAAGUGACGUAUGAUCUGACAGAUAUCAGAAGCUCAGAAUGAAUUGAGAGAAGAAGAGAGGUCUGUGAUGUCAUCAAGCUGCCAAAGGAACUGAUGAUGAUGAUGAUGAUGAUGAUGAUGAUGUGCAAUGAAAUGUUCGAUGCUCACAGUCAGAAUGAUCAGAGACUUUAUCAAGAGACUCAUCUAAAAUAUUAUUACAACACUUUUCAGUACUGGAACAAUGAAAGCCAUUUAAUUACGUUUACUUUUCUAAUGUUUUCAUACAAAAACCCAAAAUCCCAGUAACACAAACGGGUUGAUGUCGUUUGAUCCGUGGCUGAAUGUGUCAGGUCAUCCAUCAGUGAUCUCAAUGCAAUGCAAUACUGCACUUUAAACCACAGGAGAAAUCUCACAAUCAUGUCUUUCUGAAUGUUUGUAAAAUAAGAUUAUUCUGUUUCAUUCUCUACAGUUUACUCACAGUGCCCUGAUCAUUUUUAUUUGUGUUGUUUUUUUACUUGGAUCAGUCCAGUCAACAUUUACACAAGCAAAUCAAAGCACGAGAUGUUUAAAUGUGUUUCAGUUUACUAUCAUUCAUUUGUGAAUUUUUCAGACUUCAGCCGUGUAAAUCGCUGCUCUUCAUCUGAGGAAAGGUUGAGCUGGGAAACGGGAGUUUUGUUGUAUACAAAUGAAUUUUAAUUUACGGUCAUGGAUCUUUAUUAAAUAUUUUAUAAAAGGUGACAUCAUGUUGUCUUGUAUAGAUGCAUUCAUUUUCUUGUAGUUCUUGGAUUAAAAUGUUUCUGAGAAACAGA